AUGUCCAGCUCAUGGUGGAAACAGUCGGAAUGGGAACCUUCGUCGUCUUGGCGUUGGCAUUCGCAAUCGUCUUGGGAUGAGCAAGAUCAACCUUGGGCAGCCACUACCAAGCCGGCCGUGCCUGAGAAUGUUCCAGCUCCCAAGCCUAAGUUGUCUGACCACUUUCAAUCCGACGACAAGUUCUUUGAUCGGCAACCAGUCGGCAAAGGGUCGCAUCAGCUGUUUCGUCAUGUUCAGCCUACGGAAUGGUCACGAAAGAAUUCGUUGGCCGGUAGGCCCGUAGAAGACAUUCGAGCAUGGGAACUCAGCCACCGUGGUCUUUCUGAGUUCUCCUUUCGCCUCCUUAGUGAAGGCCGAUACCAAGGAAUUGUUUGGACAAGGUCCACAUCCGAAGCAGUGUUUCUUACCCAACUUUUGAAGAGAAUGAGAGAAGUUGGUGUAGAUAUCGAUGAAGUCGCCAGAACCUUUCACACCGACAGCCCACCUGACAAGCACAAGGAUGCUUCCAAGUUCAUGGGCAAAAUGUGUGAAUCCAUUGUUGACGAUCUCAAGAAGAGAGCACCUAUUGUUGACUCUACUGCCAGUGAAGAGUUGGCCCGGGCUAAAGCAAAGCUUGCCCAAGCGGGCCUUACACUUACUCCGACUAAGAGAUCUGCUGAAGACGAGCCUGAGAAUGCACCACUUCGGGCCAAGCCGAAGGCUAAAGCCAAGCAAGAACUUGGGCAAAGCCGCCCUUCUUCACUCGAUGCCCAGACGUUACUGCAGUUUCCUCCGGCUCGAAUUUUGGAUUCUCGACCUGUUGGUCCGAAGGAUGAACAAGUUGAAGAAUGGCUUCAAACUUUUAAGUCCAAGCCAGAUUUCAAAGGUCAGUUUGCCAAUUUGAAGAAGCAUGUUUUGGCAGUGCAGAAGAUCUUUGAGAGUGGAAUUCCCAAAGCCACCAUCACAGCAGCGGCGGUUAAGUUUGGUCUAGAUGACAAGAUUGCGAGUCGUCUGACCAUUCGCAACCUUUCGACCACCAUUGCGGUUGCUCAGUUCACGGCAGCUUGA